UCUUUAUUUCAUUGUGGACGUUGUUUGUAUGAAACACUAGUUCUAAAACUAGAACAAUUCUCACAACCCCAACCACCACACAAAUCUCACAACUUAGAUACAUUAAACAUUCCUCCAUUAAUUUGUGUUCUCCAUACAAUAGAUACAAUAAUAUAUAUACUAUGCCUCAUCCAAUAAGCAGAGAUGAUCUCCACAGGAUUUUCAAGAAUCUCGACAAGAACAACAGCGGCCGCGUAACCGUCCACGACCUCCACCACCUUCUCCGCAGUUCCGGAAUCUGCAACACAACCACCGUCGAAGAUCUCGAAGAACUAGUGGGCCCCACCACAAGUCUCGAUUACGCGGGCUUCUUGUUCUUCUACGAUGCAAUGGUCAAGCCCGCAGUCUCCGGACAAGCAGAUGAUGAUGAUGAUGAUGAUGAUGAAGAACAACUUCUCCUCAAGGCCUUCAAAGUUUUCGAUUUGAACAACGAUGGUUUCAUAUCCAGCGACGAGCUCCAGACGGUGCUUUCGAGAAUCGGAUUAUUGGACGAGCAUGAUUGUAAGGAAAUGAUUCUUGCGUACGAUCGGAACCGUGACGGGGUGUUGGAUUUUGGUGAGUUUAAGGAUAUGAUGUCUGUUCGUGAUCUUUCUGGUGAUGGUUUGGAGAAAUAGAUUAUAAUUUAAUUAGUGA